AUGGUAGAGCAAGGGGAGGACCAAAUCGACAAUUUCAUUGAAGGCGACCUCGGAGAGGAGGUAGAAGUCAAAAGAUACACUCCAGCGGAAGCAAAAGCCCUCAUGCGAGCAGAGCGUACUCGCAGGGAGCUUUGGUACUACAAUGAUGGCAGAAAAUGCAGAGUCAACGUCACCCAGGAAAUCAAGGAGGUCAAAGAGGCUGCGAUCCUCGAAUUCUUCAACGCGCCCACCGCCAAGAAGAAGUUUGUUUUCAUGAACUUCCCUAAGAUCAGAGAUCAGAUUUUAGAAGACCUUCUCGUACUAGCAAUAGGCAUCCUCCCAGGACAGGUAUAUCAUGAUGUCAAGACUGGAAAGAACAAGGAGGAAGUCGGCGUAUACAGCUACCAAUGGUCCACGCAUCGUCAAGGGCAUGAUGAACACAACCUACCUAGAUAUGAUGGAACGAGUCGACGAAUUCGAGUGGCUUGUACAUAA